UAUCUUGUUGCUUGUGCGUGAAGAGACGGGACAGCAGGACAGGAAACGAUGAAGUGUUUUGUUCCCGGCUGUAAAUCUGGCUACGGCAAAGGACGGGAGAAGUUCUCUCUCUUCGCGGCACCAUCUGAUCCGGAGCUACUGCACCAGUGGCGACAAAAAAUUCCUGAAAGUAAGCGCCCGCUUAAAGCGAAGGACAAGAUAUGUGCGCGACACUUUGAGAAGCACCUUAUUUCCGAUAGGUACUUCAGUGAACACCAAGGUAUUGUCCUAUUAGAUGUAAAGAAAAAGCCUGGACUUCGAAAGGGAGCCGUUCCAACGAUUUUUGAGGGGAGCCUGGCGCAUGUCAAUAAUGCUGAAUGCCAAGAGGAACCAGAAGACGCCGCUGCGGAUGGACAGGAGGAAGUCAAUGUGGCUACAACUACCCACAGUGUAGGCGCCUUUGAUUAUCCAGAGACAUGCCGUGAUGAAAAUUCUAAGCCUUUUCGCCGAGAAGAUUCCUUCAGUUGGCAGCCUGGCAAGGAUCUGUUAAGCAAAGACAAUAGUUUGAGUGUGCCUUCCAAGGAAGAAUCUGCCGAAAAAAGCGGCGAAAGCAGGUCCACUGAUCAAAACGGCAACACACACUCCCUGAGCGCAGAUGGAAAUUCGUUUUCGCAGGAUCUCUUGCUCCAUCCAGAAAAAGUCAAGCUUCCGCCUUCAUGGGGUCACCACAAGGUGGACACGUUUCAUGGACCACGUAUUGUAUACAGCACAAUGGCAAUUGUUAGUGAAGACACAGUUCCUUCUGUAACGAAGUGCAUCUACGUCACGGAAGGCCUUUAUGGGAAAACUUUCGAGGCAUUUAUUCUAAACUGCAACUUGAGUAACAUUAUUGACUUUGAAGAAAAACUGACAACCAUCGAAGACUUCGAGCGCAUGGUAGAGACUAUUGACAAGAUAAAGAUGUGCAGGGGUGGUCCCGCAAAGCAAAAGUACCCAGGUGUGAACCCUCAGUGUGCCUACAUUGACUCCUUGGGUGUGUGGAGGCACAGAAGGUGCGCUAUCUACGGCACUGAACAGUGUGCGCACUGCAAAAGACUUGGGGGCACAUUGCGUUGUCAUGCGAUGCGCCAAAAGAAAAGAAUGCAGACUUCCAGGACUACAGUAGUUGAGCCUACGAUUAAGAAGCCCAAGUUUGAUGUUUUGCGACGACGGCAAAGGUACCUCUACAAGCAAUCUUGGUCAUCUCGCCGAAGGAUGAGAGAGCUUCAAAAGGAACUUAAGUUGUACAAAGGAAGAAUGAGUCAGCUAAACCAGGGAGAACUGGAGUCAAUUCUCCAGCGACUACCUGAAGGUCAACGCCUUGUCGUGGAGGAGUGCAUAAAACUGGACACACACAUUUCGUCAAAAGGCCGCCGCUACUCAGACAAGUUUUUGACCAUGUGCCUUUUGCUACACAUUCGAAGUCCCGCUGCAUACGACUUUCUGAGGCGAAACGACCUGAUGCCCCUUCCUGCAGUGUCUACUGUGAGGAAAUACAUAUCACUUGUGAGACCGGAGUGCGGCUUCGACGGCAAGUUUUUUGAAGCCUUCAAGAAAAGACUCCUGAGCAAGAAGGACAUCCAAAGGCACGGAAUGCUUGUAUUUGAUGAAAUUCAGGUGCGACAAGGCAGAGAGGUAAACGCGAAGACAUUCUCCUACAUUGGUCAAGUGCAACAUCACGACACCAGUGAACCUCCGCUGGCAGACCAUGCUUUGGUCUUCAUGUUUGUGCCGUUUGCAGACAGCUACACUCAGCCUGUUGGUGUUUUUGCGUCCAAAGGGCCAACCAAGGGUAUUGAGCUUGCAAAGCUCUUGCUGGAAGCCAUCACCUUACUGGAACAGGCUGGUGCAGCAGUGGAUGGCGUCGUCUGUGAUGGUGCGAGCACGAAUCGCUCGCUUUGGCACUACAUUGGUGUCUCUGGCAAAGUGGACAACCUUCAAUGCUCGUUUCAGCACCCUCUUGAAGAAGAAAGGAGGAUCUUUGUCUUUUCCGAUGCCCCUCAUUUGCUCAAAUGCAUUCGCAACAGACUGCUGGCCCUAAACAGCUCGCACAGAUCGAGGAGUCGAUCCCGAGACCCCGGCGGCGACAAUGGCGGCUGCAAGGAACGUGCCUCUUCUAGGGGACGCUCCAUGAAACGCUCGUCUUCCAGGGCCCGCAAGGCUUCCAGGACCCGCUCCCGCUCAAGGGGACGCUCCCUUUCCAGGGGACCAGGAGUCCAGAUCCAGGAGCCUGCUGAUCGUGGUACCAGAUGGGCUGAUCGGGUCAAGGAAUCGCCGAAAAGGUAA